AUGGGCUCAGCUGUGGAUAAGCUUCCUUCAUUCAUUCUUUACAAAAGGAAUUUUGCUAAGAAGUCAGAUUCACCGUCCUUCUCGGGUCGCCUGCGUUAUCCUGCUUCCCUCCCACGCCUCGACACAGGCUCCCUCUCGCUGGCCUCCUCCCUCUCCUCUCUGCCCAGCGGGAGACAGAGCCUCCUCUGGACGCCAAGAGACAGGAAGGGGGAGGCUGGGCCCGUGGGAGAGGACCGCUGGGCUGCUGGGUUCCCACGCCCUCGCGCUCCCAGGCGCCAGCCCAGGGGCAGGCAGGGCGCAGGCGGCGGUGGGUGGCAUCGAGAGCCUGCUGGAGAACCCGGUGCGCGCGCCGUGCUGUACCUCAAGGGCUCUGGGCCACCCAUCGUGCAGAACCAACAGAGCCUCGUCCACAUCCAGCGCCAGCGCAUCGACGAGCAGGAGCGGCGGCUGGAUGAGCUGAGCGCUGAGAACCGCAGCCUGUGGGAGCACCAGCGGCUGCUGCUGCAAGCCCACCCUUGUGCCCGCCAUCGUCGUUCCCGGUACUGGCCUUCUGGGCCACUGCUCUCACCAUUGCCACUGGGGGCCAGGAACCUCUCCAGGACCAGGGACAGCGCUCACCCGCCGCGCCACACCCCGCGCCCGAGCAGACGCCGCUUAAGCACCACGGACAGCUCCUGGCGCGGCCCCAGCCUCCUGGCUGCCGGGCUCAUACAGCCCAAGCGCCCCACCAGCUCCCGGGACACUUGGGGCCGCUACUUACAAGUAGAAGGAGGGUUCACCGAGUUGCUGCGCUGCUCCCGGAGCCUUUCUUCAGUACAAAUGCCCCGCGCCCUCGGCAAGGGCGUCCUGAGCAGGAGACCUGAGUGAGCGGGGAGGAGCAGAUGGGCACUGCUGUGGUGGGAGCAAGGGAAGAAAGUGGGUGUGAGAAGGAAACGGGGAAAUAGAAUGCGCAGGAGUCUAAAGGACCGGGGUGAUGUGGCGUGAAGGGGUGAGAAGACGCUUGGGGACAAAAGCGUGACAGGAGAUUUGGGGAUGACGAAGGAACGAUAUCUGUGCUUGAGAAAGUUUUGGAGAAUGUUGGAGCAAAAAAGGAGUAACCAGACCAUCGGUAGGGGCAAAGGAGGAAAUAAAUGGGUUUUAAGCGACUGGGGACGUUGAGAACUGGCGGAUUUAAAGGGGACUAGACUGGCAGGAAGUUUGAGUGAAGAUUAAACUGAAGAAAAGAGAACCACUGAAAUAUUUUUUUAAGUUAGGAAAAAUUUGGAAGGAAGUUUGGGUAGUAAAAGUAUUUGAAUGGAGAGUGAGAUAUGAAAAUAUGGAGACUGGGAAAAAGGCAUGUGAAGGGCUUUAACAAGGCUGGGGCCCAGGAAGAA